AUGAAUGAAGAUCUAUUCUACGAUAGAUUACAUCAGCGGUGCCCUGGAAAAUACUUGCUAGAAGAGUUGGAAACAAGCAAAUCUAACGAUGUCCUGCAUGCAUCGAGAUUUGUUUGUGAGAUGGAACUUGUGCAAAAGACGAAUGCAUAUUAUUGCAAAACCAUAGUCAAGAUGCUCUUAGACCACGAAUGGAUUUUCGCGAAGGCAUUCACAAUUGUCAACGAUGGCGAAGACGAGAUAGAGAUAUAUGAUUAUCUCUAUGAGAAGUACAUAAAACUAUUAAGCACAGGCAAGCCAGACCCGAUGAUGAAAGACGUCGUGAGGUACAGGUUUGACGAGGACGUAAAGAUCAAAAUUGAGGAAACACCGAAUUUGAUCAGUGCGGCCAGUACUACAGGUUUCAGGACAUGGGAAGCUGCCUUAUACAUGGGUGAUUUCCUUAUUCAUAAGCCCUUACAAGAGUUGGCACCGGUACAAGGACAAGACGAUGGCAAGAAAAAAUUAAAUGUUCUUGAGGUCGGCGCUGGCACAGGCAUAGUGAGUCUCGUCAUUUUACAAAAGUAUCACGAGUUCGUAAAUAAGAUGUACGUCACGGAUGGUGAUUCGAAUCUCGUUGAGACGCAGCUGAAAAGAAAUUUUGAAUUGAACAAUGAAGUGCGUGAGAACGAACCAGACAUCAAGUUGCAAAGAUUAUGGUGGGGCAGCGAUAGAGUUCCUGAGGAUAUAGAUUUAGUAGUGGGGGCAGAUGUUACGUAUGACCCAACUAUCCUUCCUGAUCUAUGCGAGUGUCUGGCCGAAUGUCUUGCUUUAGACCGAUGCAAACUGUGUCUCCUAUCCGCGACAAUUAGAAGCGAAUCCACUGUCCAACUGUUUUCUCAAGAGUGCAAUAAACUCGGGCUAAAAUGUACCAUAGUCACCAGCACAGAGUACGACGCAAACAACGAGAUCCGCGCGAUGAAAGCCCUGCAAUUCAAACCUUUGAUUGCACCCAUACGGAUCUACAAGAUCACGAAACAAUAA